ACAGAUCAGACCCUGUUAUGUAUCAAUCACAGACAUGGUCUUUAUCGUCUGUGAAUUAUUUUUGAUUCAAACAUAGCUUUAUAGAGACUUUGCCUGUCGCGCACAACGAAUGUGUACCCAUGGCAACCCACAGAGCCCCUCUCCACACCACACAUCGCAGGUUAAACCCCGCAUGUUCCUCCUUUUUUUCUUUUUCUGUCCUCUGAGGACUAACUGCCUUCUGUCAGCACUGUCCCUGCCUCCCGAUGCGUCAGGGGGGGACGUGUUUUUGUUUUCUUUUUUUUUAUUUUAUUUUUUUAUGUUUGUUUAUUUCAUUAUUUCUUUUUUUCUGCGGCGCGCCGAGAGUGGUGCUGAUGCUGCGCGCUCCUGAGCCCCCUCUGGAGUCUGAAGACCAAUCAGAGCGCUUAUCAGACUUCGCCAUCCCGUUUUUCUCCCCGCAAAGCAGCCGGAGCACUUGUUCGCCACAGUCCCCUCGACCCCUCAGCACUCUUCCUCCCGCCUCGGACCACGAAGAUGGUUCCGCGCACAGAGCAUCUUGCAGCAGGCGGACCGAAGGCGUCGCUGAUCGACUCUCUGCCGGACUUUUGAAGUCACCAUGCCGUGUUACGCCCGGUUCCUGCUUUUACUUUUGUGUUUGAUCGUAAUCGUGGAGUGCCGGAAGCACAAAAGUAGGAAAAAGCGGUGGUCGGCGCCGGCGGAGACUCACAAGCCUGGAAACCCUCUGUCGAAGAAGGUCUCGGAUGGAACCAAAACCCGAAAGGUGAAGACCAGCCAUCUGCUGCGUAUCGACGAACAUGACUUCACCAUGAGGCCGGCGUUUGCAGGACCUGCUGUCCCUGUCGGAGUGGACGUUCAGGUGGAGAGUUUGGACAGCAUAUCUGAGGUGGACAUGGACUUUACCAUGACCCUGUAUCUGAGGCACUACUGGAAGGACGAGAGGCUGGCCUUCCCGAGCGCCACCAACAAGAGCAUGACCUUCGACGGGCGCCUGGUGAAGAAAAUCUGGGUGCCCGACGUCUUCUUUGUCCACUCCAAGAGGUCCUUCAUCCAUGACACCACCACUGACAACAUCAUGCUGCGGGUCUUCCCAGACGGUCACGUUCUCUACAGCCUGAGGGUUACAGUUACUGCUGCUUGCAACAUGGACUUCAGUCGCUUCCCUCUGGACUCGCAGACGUGCACGCUAGAGCUGGAGAGCUAUGCCUACACCGACGAGGACCUGAUGCUGUACUGGAAAAGCGGUGAUGAGUCUCUGAGCACCGACGACAGGAUUUCGCUGUCUCAGUUCCUCAUUCAGAAGUUUCACACUACCUCCAGACUGGCUUUCUACAGCAGCACAGGCUGGUACAACCGUCUGUACAUCAACUUCACUCUGCGGCGUCACAUCUUCUUCUUCCUGCUGCAGACCUACUUCCCUGCCACGCUGAUGGUCAUGUUGUCCUGGGUGUCCUUCUGGAUCGACCGCAGGGCCGUCCCUGCCAGAGUCUCAUUAGGUAUAACUACGGUGCUCACCAUGUCCACCAUCAUCACCGGAGUCAACGCCUCCAUGCCCAGGGUCUCCUACAUCAAAGCGGUAGAUAUUUACCUCUGGGUCAGUUUUGUCUUUGUCUUCUUGUCUGUGCUCGAAUAUGCUGCUGUCAACUACCUGACAACGGUGAGGGACGGUAAAGACCGCAAGCUCCGAGAAAAAGUCCGGGAACAGUCCCAGAACCUCCCCUGCACCUGCGGCAUGUCUCACACCAAGACCAUGAUGCUGGACGGGACGUACAGCGAGGCGGACGCCAACAGCCUGGCAGGGUACACCAGAGCCUCCAUGGCGGCUGAGGAUGCCUCAGAAAAACCGGAGCGGAUGGUGGUGCAUCUGUCCCUGGACAACGAGUCCACAGGGGCCAAAAAGAAGGGCCUCCGCGGCUUCCGGAUCAUCCAAAACACCCACGCCAUCGACACGUACUCUCGCAUGAUCUUCCCCGGCGCCUACAUCCUGUUUAACCUCAUCUACUGGUGUGUGUACUGCUGAGUGUGUGCGCUUUAGCUUCAACUGUUGCAGUGAAAGAACAAUAAACUCCGAAACCAUUUCGUUGAGCUCAGGAGGGAGGUACAGUUUGUUUCCGGUCUGCAUGUUCCGGUGGAGUUUGGCAGAAUGGCUGAGGAAUAUCGCAGCACUCUGGGUGUGAAUAUCUCCACCUCUGGCUCACAUGUCACUGAUGGAUUGGACCACUUAUAGAGCUUAUAAAGGUUUCCCUCCUGUAUCAAGAGCUGAUAUUUACCCCAAUCAUAUUCCAACAACCUCAUGGGGCUGGUUGCACGCUCAGUCUACUGCCAGUUGUACAAAAAUAAAAAGGGACUCAUUUUACGCCUAUAAAUUUCGCCACCACUUCCAAUGGUACCAUGACUUUGCAGCUUUGCCUACUAUCCACAGUGGUUACUACCUACCAAAUUUCAUGAUAAUCUAAAGUUUUCUAGCUCACCUCCUGUUUGUUUACAUCUAGUUCUGUGUUUUUGUGUUAACUUCAACCAUAACGCUACUUAUUUCCUUUGAAAAAAAAUGUUCUCUGCUGCACUCAUCACUUUGUUUUUUAGUAAAUGUCCUUGUAAGUCUUCCAAAAGCUCACAUUUUUUAACUAGAUGAUCACAGCUGGACAGUUUAGCUGAGUUACUGUGUUUACAAACAGUGUUUCUUGAUCCAGAACUCACAGGGUAUUAUUUCUGCAUAAAUUAAUACAUUCAGAUUCAUGCGGACGUUUUUCACGGCAGACAUUUUGACUUGUCAUAUGAGAAUACACACAGAUGUAGCUGAUAAGACUGAAAACAGCUGCCUUCCAUUUAGGUGAGCCAGUUCCAGGGUCCUGCUAUUGUUCAUGCUGCCACACUGUCAUGAUUUGUGGAGUACUUGAUGGAACUGAGGCAUCAGUAAUGAAAUUAUCACACCUGUGUUCACCCUCCUAUGACAAUCCAAAUGUCUGCCAAGUGAAAGAUCUUUUAGAUUGAACAGCAUUUUUAGUUUCAUUGUGAUCAUUUAGUGUCACGUUAGUCCUGCACAGCCAAAUCUCCAUAGUCAAAAAAUGAAAAUUGAAUUUCUUUGAUUGUUUAUUUUACAGACAUUUAAAAAAAAAAAAAAAAAAAAAAAAACUUCAAGAUGCACUGCAUUUUUGGCAAGUACUCACAGCUGUUAGCAAUGCUGGAAAAAACAAUGGUGAUCCAACAUUUAUACAGAUAUAUAUUAGCUUACUUUUUAAAUUGGUUUCAGUACAUGUCUCCUAUUUUAGUUCAGUCAAAUAAUUCCUGAAUUUUUGUAAUGUGACUGUUGGUCACAGUUGAAUCAGUUGUGGUUUUCCAGAGCACAAAAUUUUUUUAUUUUUUUUUUUUUUACAGCAUCUGGUGAGCCUACUCUACAUUUUUUGCCAAUUUUUAAAUAAGAGAGGUAUGAUAAACCUAUUUUGAUGAAAAGCUGCAAUUUUAAGCUUAGACCAAAGCUGUGCAUCAUACACAAUUAGCUCAAUAACUGUUUGAAAGUUGACAAUCCAAUGAUUCAUUUUGAUUCUGCCAUUUCUGGCUUGGAUAAAUGGUGGAGUUUUUUGCGAUUAUUUAAAAGAUCAAACGCUUUUCUAACUUGUCAGAGGUUUUGGUAAAGAAAUACCAGGAUUUAAUAGCUGUUGUGUCUGCAAGUUGUACAUCCUGUUCAUCUGUGUCCAUGUCAUCCAUGCCGCCAGUUUUCUGAGAAUUUUACAAUGUCCCCAUUCUUAAUCUCCCCUAAAAUACUCAGAUUAAGUCAUAGUCUCUUACAUAGCGGAACAACAGACCUAUUUGAUUUGCCAAAAGAUAAUAGAAAUGUGUGAUUCCCAGGAUGUAACCAGGCUACAGAGAACUUGGACAUCCUUUCCUCGCUUUGCUUUUGGCUAACAUCACACUCAUUGAGCAGAUGACAAGAACAUUAUCAUUCAUUUGGUGUUUGGCAACAGAACCUCUUUGCUCCGCUGUGUUCACCAGCUAGUUACUUACACACUUUGUCUGUCUGCCGUUUGGCUCUAAACUUGCUAUCAGAGCAUUUUGAUGCUGUAAGUGAGGUUUGUGAAGGUGUAGUUUGCUGUCCAGAAAACCAAAACAAUGAACUAAAAGAGGCUAAAAAGCCCUGUAUAAUUUUCCAAGUGUAAGCAAUGUCAUAUUUCCAUCGUGUUUUCUGCAUUAUUUUCUCCAUUUGAGCUUUUCUUGACAUGCAACGUUCACAAAUAUUGACAAAUUGAAGCAGCAUUCUCUGUUGGUUUUCUGGGAUGUGCUCUACUGUUGGAUGUAAUCCUGACUGGUGAGUUUUGCCACCAUGAGCGAGACCGUCUUUGCACAACUGAAGAACUGUUCCAUCUAUCUGAACUGUAUGAUCUGAGCAACAGUCAGAGUGUCUCUGUGCAACCAGCCCCUUCCUAAGGCUUCCCUAAAUAACCCUCUCCACUCUGAAGCGCUCUAUCUUCACGAAACAAACUGUCAAAAUAGUAAGAGCUUGUAAUUUGGCUGCCGUUGCCUCUGAAACCUUUGGAACAGACUGAGUCACGUAACUGAAUGUGUCCAGAGCAGAUGGCUAAUGAGGCAGUAAGCGAGCUAAAUACCAGGCUUUCUUCCCUCAACAGCGCUCCGACUACAGUGACAACAUUUCAGUUAAAGUGACAGUAAACGCUGCUGCCCUGUGUUGCUCAUUGGACCGCUGUUGGCAUUAAACAGGCUGAAGAAUCCCAUUAAGCCAGGACUGAACAGGAUGCUGCUGCUGAAUGGGGGUUAAAGCACCACCCAUCACUGUUGCUAAACAAAGUCUUUAUUUGAUUACGUAUUUACGGACUUCUCAAUUCACUGAUUCUCUCAUAUUUAACAUUUAUUUCUUUACUUUUAGUACAGUAAUUGAUCCAUGUGCCAUUAUACCUUAAGUUGGCAAAGGGUGCAAGAAACAGCUGGCUACGAGGCGUGCAAUAUCUUCUGUAUUUCUUAGGAAGGACUUUAAAUACCAUGGACAGCUUUAUCAGUGAUGUAACCAACUUGAACCGCCUUAAGUGAACAUUUUUUUAAUACACCAACAUGGUUUAAUGGCCGUUUUUUUUCUUUUUCUUUUCUUUUUCUUCAUUUCAUUACCAUGACUGACUGCAUAUUAUUCCGUCCUGUUUAGCCUUGAAUCAUGAUGGCAAAUAGUGCGCUAGAAGCUGUUCUCAUAGAGUGAUCGUGCUGCGUGGUUUCACCCAUCACAAGAGCUACAGUUUUGUUCUACGAGACUGAUUUACAAGUCACUGUUUUAAAACCAGAUCCUCCUUCAAUGUAGGAACAACUUUACCUUUUGGAGGACUUGCUUUUCUUGCUAAGAAAUAAAUAACAUUUGUGCAUAUUUAUAAAGCUGGACCCAAAAGGCAAAUAGCUUAGCUUAGCGUUAAGACUGGAAGCUAGAGAGAAACUGUACCACCUCAUUGAUUUGUUCAGUACUUCAACACAAAUGUAAGGAAGAGGUUUGGGUAAAGUAUUUGUAACAUGAGCAUUGAAUUUCAUUUCAUUUGUUCAGGUUAGCUUCAUGAGUUUUGUCUCCUUGGGUUAAGGGUUGCUUUAAUUAGUUGUAUCCUUACCAUCACAAGGAAGUGCCAUUGCUUCAGGCAACACUAAAGCUGCAUUUUUUUAACUAGACUGAGCAAAUGUUGGCCAUUGCUGGAAAUACCUUAUUUAAAAAAAAUACUCCUUUACAUGGAAAAGUUGAGCCUUUAUAAUUUCACCUAAGAAAAAUUACAGCUGCAAAAUGGUCUUGGAAGCAUUGAAGUAAAAGUACUUAUAGACCAAAUUGAGCAGUCUUAUAGUGAUAUAUGACUGGGUUAUAAUUAUUACUCAUGCAUCAAUGUGUAUUUUAAUGUUUCAGUGGGAGGAAAAAGGACAAACUUUAUACACUGUGUAAUGGUUUCUUCUAUGGGAUGAAGUCCUUGUAUGAUGUGCUCAUAUGGUUAACAUGUAAAAUCACUUUGUCCGAUGAAUAUAGUGGAGUAAAAAGUACAGUAGAAAAUAAUUAAUGAAAUGUAUUGGAUGCGUAGCAGAAAACAAAAGUACAAUUAUUCAGUCAAAUUUGAUUGAAAAAGCCCUUUUAGAACAAAUCAAAUUGAUGAUGAAAUUGCUUUCCAAGCGACUGGCGAAGCAUAGAAGGUGCAAGUUUCUGAGAACCGUACAUGACUUGAUUAAAUGUCCUUAGUUACAUUCCACCACCAAUGUGGGUCCAGUUCUGAAAUGGCCAAAUAGGACCUCAUUGGUCAAAAGUUUCUCCAACCAGCAGAAGCAGUGCACAAAAUACAAGACCUCCUAAAAAAGAAAUUACGCAACAGCUUGCAUCAGUCUUUUUAAGUCAUGACAACUUGUAAUGAAAUUAUGCUCCACCAACAAACUCUAUUAAAUUAGGAGAAUUACCAUUUCCUCUAUAAUUAAUUGUGUUUAAAAUGUUGGAUUCGUUUUAGCAAGUAUUUAAAGGACUUGAAAUCCUGAACUUAAGGUGGAGAAAAAUAAAGUUAUCUCACCAGUUUAGUUAAUAUGCUACAACUUGAAUUUCCUUUUAACUCAAUUAACAAGAAUUAUAUCUUAAAUUCCUGUAAUUACCAACAUUAUUAUGUCAAGACAACGCAUUAAAAUAACUCAAAAGGUUUGUCGGAAACAAUAAAUUAGAAUUUUCUUCUUGCAACUGUGCAUUUAAUUAAGUGGUUGUAACAGACCUCCUGAGUCCUUUUGCUUCCAGUCCUAAAGCUAAGCUAGACUGAUCCCUCUUACAAAGAUAUAUAUCAUUCACCUGCUGGCAAGAAAGUGAAAAAGCCGCUUUAAUCAAAAUGUUAAACUACUCCUUCAAACCCAGCUUGAUGCACACCAUUUCUAGCAACCAAUAAUGCGCUUAUGCUUCAUUGCAGUAAUCUUUUGCCAGGACUAAAUGUGUUUUUAUUAUUAUUAUUUUUAUUGGUGCAUAUCAUUUGGAAACAAAACUUUCCUAACAGCACGUCAGACGAUUUGUCUGGAAAAAAAAGCAAGAAACACGAGCACGCUUACCAUCAGCUCCCAAACCUACUUCACUUCUACCUUCAUCUUCAGAAAAUAUUCUGAAUGUAAUGCUUUCACAGCAAAUUUCAUAAAUAAAGUCUCUCUUUCA